GCAGUUGCUUCGGCCCUCCGUUUCUUCCCUAGAGACUGACCAGGAGUCACCCUUCAGAAGGAGCCCACUGGAAAGCCUCAGUCACCUCAUGCUGGAGUCUAGAGUGGACAUGUUUAGCUCACAUGGGGUUGUCAGUGGCGCGGCUGCAGACCUCGGGGCCACAGAAGCCAGCAGGGCCGGGAGGAAGCAGCUCUGCGGAGCUCAGAAGCCCCGCCCGUGCACCCUCAGCAUCAAGGACAAGAUAUGGGAAUGGGAGGGGAAGAAGGAACUGCCGGCUCCUGCACCGGGCAGGAGGGCAGAUGCGCCCGAGGAUUGCCAGGCGUCCUGUGUGAGGGACAGGACGAGCGGUGGCGACGGGGUGAGGACGCAGCUGGCAGAGGCGAAGCCCGGAGCGAGGCCGGACGCAGAGCACUUGGAGAACGGCAGGAAUAAAGGGGUGGCGGAUGUCGGGGGGCAGGACGCAGAGCGGAGGCGAGACCCACGCCCCCCAGCCAGGGAGCUGGAGGCCAACGCGGGCAGAGGCCGGGAGCCACGGCUCGGCAGACAGCGCUUUCCCAGCGACAACCUCUCGGUGCUCAAGCAGGUCAAGAAGCUCGAGCAGGCUUUGAAGGACGGGCUGGCAGGGCUGGACCCCCAGUUGCCAGGGACUUGUUACUCCCCACACUGCCUGCCUGACAAGGCAGAGGAGGGGCCUGCCCUUCCUGAGAACCCCGGAGCGGGGAGUGGCUCAGAAGGCAGCCGGAGGGUCCCCCACUUGGACCUGGAAGGCAGGGAGCCCGCCCCUGAGGCUGCGGGGGAAAGGAAAGGCUCGUGCGGGAGGCCCUGGGACCAGAGCCUGGAGAGCGUGUACAGGGGCUCGGAAGGGUCCCCCCCAAAGACCUUCAUCAACCCCCUGCCAAAACCCCGGAGAACAUUCAAACAUGCUGGGGAAGGGGACAAGGACGGGCACCCAGGUAUCAGCUUCAGGAGAGAGAAGAGAAACCUGCCUCCUCUGCCCUCUCUGCCUCCCCCGCCCCUGCCCUCCUCUCCCCCGCCUUCCUCUGUGAGCAGAAGACUGUGGAACGGGAGACAGAAGUCCAGUGCUGACCACAGAAAGUCCUAUGAGUUUGAAGACUUACUGCAGUCUUCCUCGGAGAACAGCAAGGUGGACUGGUAUGCACAGACUAAAUUGGGGCUCACACGCACUUUAUCGGAGGAGAACGUCUAUGAAGACAUUCUAGAUCCGCCAAUGAAGGAAAACCCUUAUGAGGACAUCGAGUUACAUGGUCGCUGCCUGGGGAAGAAGUGUGUCUUGACCUUUCCCGGUUCUCCCACCUCUUCUAUCCCUGACACACCCACCAAGCAGUCAUUGUCCAAACCUGCUUUUUUCCGACAAAAUUCGGAGAGGAGGAACUUCAAACUAUUGGAUACUAGGAAGCUGAGUCGAGAUGGAACUGGGUCACCUUCCAAAACAAGCCCCCCCUCCACUCCCAGCAGCCCAGAUGACACUUUCUUUAACCUUGGAGACCCACAGAAUGGCAGGAAGAAGAGAAAGAUCCCCAAGCUGGUGUUGCGAAUCAAUGCCAUCUAUGAGGCCCGGAGAGGGAAGAAACGCGUGAAGAGGCUGUCCCAGUCAACGGAGAGCAACUCAGGAAAAGUGACAGAUGAGAACAGUGAGUCUGACAGUGACACGGAGGAGAAGCUGAAAGCUCACAGCCAACGCCUGGUCAAUGUGAAGUCCCGCCUGAAGCAGGCCCCCCGGUACCCACCACUGGACCACGAGCUCAUCGAGUACCAGCAGAGGCAGCUCUUCGAGUACUUUGUGGUUGUGUCUUUGCACAAGAAGCAGGCCGGGGCUGCCUAUGUGCCAGAACUCACCCAGCAGUUCCCGCUGAAGUUGGAAAGGUCUUUCAAGUUCAUGAGAGAGGCUGAGGACCAGCUGAAAGCUAUUCCCCAGUUCUGUUUCCCUGAUGCCAAGGACUGGACUCCUGUCCAGCAGUUUACCAGUGAAACAUUCUCAUUUGUCUUAACUGGAGAAGAUGGGAGCAGAAGGUUCGGUUAUUGCCGAAGACUGCUGCCUGGAGGCAAAGGGAAGCGUCUCCCUGAAGUUUACUGCAUCGUGAGCCGCCUGGGAUGCUUCAGCCUCUUUUCUAAGAUCUUGGAUGAGGUGGAAAAAAGAAGAGGCAUCUCUCCUGCCCUGGUGCAGCCUCUCAUGAGGAGCGUCAUGGAAGCCCCUUUCCCAGCCCUGGGCAAAACCAUCAUUGUCAAGAACUUCUUGCCAGGUUCAGGAACUGAGGUGAUUGAGUUGUGCCGCCCACUGGACUCCCGGCUUGAACACGUGGAUUUUGAGUCUCUCUUCUCCUCUCUCAGCAUCCGCCACCUGGUCUGUGUUUUCGCCUCCCUGCUUCUGGAGAGGAGGGUCAUCUUCAUUGCAGACAAGCUCAGCACCCUGUCCAAGUGCUGCCAUGCGAUGGUGGCACUCAUCUACCCGUUCACCUGGCAGCACACCUACAUCCCCGUGCUGCCUCCUGCCAUGAUCGACAUCGUGUGCUCGCCCACCCCCUUCCUCAUCGGGCUUCUCUCCAGCUCACUGCCACUGCUCCGGGAGCUGCCGCUGGAAGAGGUCCUUGUAGUUGACCUCGUGAACAAUCGGUUCCUCAGACAGAUGGAUGACGAGGAUUCCAUUCUGCCCCGGAAGCUUCAGGUAGCCCUCGAACACAUUCUGGAACAAAGGAAUGACCUGGCUUGUGACCAGGAUGAAGGGCCCCCAGACUACAAGCACGGCCCCGAGUCCAGCCCCUUGAACGAGGUGGUGUCUGAAGCCUUUGUCCGCUUCUUCGUGGAGAUUGUGGGCCACUACUCCUUGUUCCUGACGUCAGGCGAGCGUGAGGAGAGGACCCUGCAGCGAGAGGCCUUCCGCAAAGCUGUCUCCUCCAAGAGCCUGCGCCGCUUCCUGGAGGUCUUCAUGGAGACCCAGACGUUUCGGGGUUUCAUCCAGGAGCGGGAGUUGCGCCGGCAGGAUGUGAAAGGUCUGUUUGAGGUCCGAGCCCAAGAGUAUCUGGAAACUCUCCCCAGUGGAGAGCAUAGCGGUGUCAAUAAGUUCCUGAAGGGAUUAGGCAAUAAAAUGAAGUUUCUCCACAAGAAAUAACCUUCAGCUCAGCCUCAAGGGAAAACUUCCUCCUGGUGAGACCAC